AAUCGAGCCACGGCCCUACAGGGAGGAACUCAGUGUUGUGGUAGACCUAGGUCCGCAGAUGUGCUUUGCCCAGUGAAAAGGUGCGUGUGGCCCCCACUGCCUUCAUGUGUGUAAAGCAGCGCAUGUGUGAGGUGUAGACACGGCUUUCUUAGGGGCCACAGGACUGGGCAUUUGGGUGGACAUAUUGCUUUGUAACUGGAGUCCAUCUUUGCCUCUAGGGCUUCCUGCACUGGCCAUGCCUGUGCCCACUGAGGGCACCCCGCCACCCUUGAGUGGCACCCCUAUUCCAGUCCCAGCCUACUUUCGCCAUGCAGAGCCUGGGUUUUCUCUCAAGAGGCCCAGGGGGCUUAGCCGGAGCCUGCCCCCACGGCCACCUGCCAAGGGCAGCAUCCCUGUCAGCCGUCUCUUCCCUCCUCGGACUUUGGGCUGGCACCAGCCCCAGCCUCGGAGAGUGUCAUUCCAGGACAAGGCCUCAGAGCUCCUGCAGAGCCCUGGGUAUGACCCAAACAGGCCAGAGUCCUUCUUCCAGCAGAGCUUCCAGAGGCUCAGUCGCCUGGGCCAUGGCUCCUUUGGAGAGGUCUUCAAGGUACGCUCCAAGGAAGAUGGCCAGCUCUAUGCAGUCAAGCGCUCCAUGUCACCAUUUCGGGGCCCCAAGGACCGGGCCCGUAAACUGGCUGAGGUGUGCAGCCACGAGAAGGUGGGGCAGCACCCGCACUGCGUACGACUGGAGCAGGCUUGGGAGGAGGGUGGUAUCCUGUACCUGCAGACGGAGCUGUGUGGGCCCAGUCUUCAACAACACUCUGAGGCCUGGGGUACCAGCCUGCCAGAGGCCCAGGUCUGGGGCUACCUGCGGGACACCCUACUGGCUCUGUCCCACCUUCAUGGGCAAGGCCUAGUCCACCUUGAUGUCAAGCCAGCCAACAUCUUCUUGGGACCCCGUGGCCGCUGCAAGCUGGGUGACUUUGGGCUGCUGGUGGAGCUGGGAACUCCCGGAGCUGGUGAGGCCCAGGAGGGAGAUCCCCGCUACAUGGCUCCUGAGCUGCUGCAGGGCUCCUACGGGACAGCAGCAGACGUAUUCAGUCUGGGUCUCACCAUCCUUGAAGUAGCCUGCAACAUGGAGCUACCCCAUGGUGGGGAGGGCUGGCAGCAGCUGCGCCAGGGCUACCUGCCCCCCGAGUUCACUGCUGGUCUUUCUACUGAGCUGCGGUCUGUCCUUGUCAUGAUGCUGGAGCCUGACCCCCAGCUGCGGGCUACAGCUGAAGCCUUGCUGGCCCUGCCCAUGCUGAGGCAGCCGUGCCCUUGGAGCAUCCUGUGGUACAUGGCUGCCGAGGCCCUGAGUCGAGGAUGGGCCCUGUGGCAGGCCCUGCUCACUCUGUUGUGCUGGCUCUGGCAUGGCCUAGCUCACCCUGCCAGUUGGCUGCAGCCCCCAGCCCCACCAGCCACCCCACCUGGCUCACCACCCUGCAGCCCACUCCUGGACAGCAGCCACUCCAGCAGCUGGGAUGAUGACGGCAUAGGGCCCUCACUCUCCCCAGAGGCCAUCGUGGGCCCAGCCACCAGGAGCACCUCCACACCCCAGGGCAGGUACACACUGAGGGAUGCCCUAGACCUGAGUGACAUGGACUUAGAGCCUCCUAGAGGUUCUUUCCCCUCCUUUGAGCCUCGGAACCUCCUCAGCCUGUUUGAGGACUCUCUAGACCCAGUCUGAACCACAGGCCCAACUUUGGUGCUUUUAACCUUGGAACCCCUUUCCUGUCCCUCCCCUGGGAAGGUGGGAUCCCUCUGGGAGCUCCUGUGUCUAAUAAAAA